AUGCUAGAAACAAUUAGGGAGCUAUGUGACAAAACGGUUGAGAGUGAAAACGAAAGUAAAAUAUUAGAGGUAAUUUUAGCUGAAAAUGUAAACGUAGAAAAAGCCCGAAAGUGCCUGGAAAUAUCAAUGCACAAUUGUUCCUGGAGGGCACAACUGUGCAGAACAGCAAAGAACGAUGAGAAUCAAGCAGGGACAACAGGGGAAGGAUAUAAAAGGAACGAUAAAAUAAUAAUAAAAUCGGGGGAGAGAAAUUAUGCGGACAUUCUAAAGGACAUGAGUAGUGUGAUUAAUAUGAAGGAAAUCGGGGUGAAAGUGGACAGAGUAAAAAGGACGGACAGAGGGGAUUUACUAAUAGAAUUCAAGAAGGAGCAGGAAGCACAAAAGUUAAAACAGGCGCUGAAGGAAAAAAUGGGACAUAUGGAAGUCAUCCAUAAAAAAGAUGAAGCCAUUCUGCAUAUAUUGGAUAUUACACCCAAUAUCGAAAUAGGGCAAAUCGAAGAAUGCUUAAGGAGAGAGGCACCAGGAAUAGAACUGGAAGUGGCGUCAGUGAGACUGACCAAAGACGGAAAUCAAAUGGCGACAGUAAAAACAAGAAAGAGAAAUGUGAAAAAACUUUUGGAGAUGGAAAAAAUUGACAUAGGAUGGGUAGAGUGUCGGAUCCUGGAAAGGGUGCAUGUAACAAGGUGCUAUAGGUGUUUACAGUACGGACACAAAAGGGAUGAAUGUACUGGAGAGGAUAGGACCGGACAGUGCAUGAAAUGCGGACAGACCGGACAUAUGGCGAGAGAAUGCGAAAACGAGGAACUAUGCGUGACCUGUGGAACUAAGGGACAUAGGGCGGAUAGUCUAGCAUGUAUAGAAUACAGGAAAGCACUAGGACAGGAAAGAAGGAGAAGGAGUUCAAUUAGAAACAGUCAAAGUAGGGGACGGAGUAAAAGCAGGAAACCCAGAUCGGAGACGGGUGGGAUAGCCACCAACCAAAAUGGUACGAAUCUUGCAAACUAA